AAUAAGAGCCGAUAAACAGGCUUUGUUUGUGAAUCAGCCAUGGAUAUCUCCAUGAAAAAGCUUUACAUUAGUUUCUUCAUUCUCUUACAGAUAUUGUUCUUCUUCUUACUCAACUUCACUUCAUGUGAGCUGCUAGUUAUUAGACAAAGCUUGAAGAAGAACAACCUGUCCGCAUUUCCUUCAAAUUUUCUCUUUGGAACAGCCUCUUCUGCUUACCAGUAUGAAGGUGGCUUCUUAGCUGAUGGUAAAGGAUUGAACAAUUGGGAUGUUUAUUCCCAUAAACCAGGAAAUUUGAUUGUUGAUGGAAGCAAUGCAGACAUAGCAGUGGACCAUUAUCAUAGGUAUUUGGAAGACAUUGAUCUCAUGCAUUCCCUUGGUGUUAAUAGCUAUAGGUUCUCCAUUUCUUGGGCCAGAAUUUUACCUAAAGGGAGAUUUGGAGAAAUCAAUGAAGCUGGUAUCAAGUUCUACAACAACCUUAUUGAUGGUCUCCUACUUAAAGGGAUUGAACCAUUUGUAACAUUGACCCACGUCGAUUUUCCUCAAGAACUCGAAGACAGAUACGGAAGUUGGCUAAGUCCGGAGUCGCAGGAGGAUUUUGCAUACUUUGCAGAUAUCUGUUUUAAGUCCUUUGGAGACAGGGUGAAGUAUUGGGUUACGUUCAACGAGCCCGAUUUCCAAGUCAAGUUUGGUUACCGUUUAGGUAUAUUCCCACCGUUGCGAUGUUCUAGGCCGUUCGGAAAUUGUACCUAUGGUGAUUCGGAGAAGGAGCCGUUUAUAGCAGCCCAUAAUAUUAUCUUAGCACAUAUAGCAGCUGUUCAUGUUUAUAGAACCAAAUACCAGGAAUCACAAAGAGGUAGCAUCGGAAUCGUGUUGCAUUGCAUGUGGUAUGAACCGAUCAGCAACUCUGUAGCCGACAAGCUAGCAGCCGAACGAGCUCAAUCCUUCUCUAUCAAUUGGUUUCUAGAGCCAAUCAUAUACGGACGAUAUCCUCGCGAAAUGCAAAACAUUCUCGGAGCCAUUUUACCCGAAUUCACAACAACCGAGAAGCAGAAACUAAACCAAGGGCUUGAUUUCAUCGGAGUCAACCACUAUACAAGUUUCUAUGUCAAGGAUUGCAUGUUCUCCGCGUGUGAACCAGGACCAGGGACCUCGAAAACCGAAGGAUUUUGGGCUCAAAGCUCACAGAAAAAUGGCAUCCCUAUAGGAGAACCUACCGAGAUAAGUUGGCUGAACGUAUAUCCCCAAGGAAUGGACAAGAUCGUAACAUAUCUUAAACACAAAUACCAUAACAUACCAAUGAUCAUUACCGAAAACGGAUACGGUGAUGUAAUCAAAGCAGAUUCCACCAUUGAUGAACUUUUACACGAUGAAAAACGAAUAGACUUCAUGGAUAGACACUUAGAUGCACUGUCAACAGCAAUCAAGAAAGGAGCAAAUGUAAAGGGUUACUUUGCCUGGUCAUUGCUAGACAACUUUGAAUGGAACUCUGGUUAUACAGCUAGGUUCGGUCUUCACCAUGUUGAUAACAAGACACUGAUGAGAAGACCAAAAAUGUCAGCAACUUGGUACAAAAACUUCAUUGCAGAGCAUCGAAAAUGGAAAGGACCAGACCAGCAGCAACUAGAAGAUGCUAACGACAGCCCUUUCUACUAUUAAGUUUGGUCCUAUAUAUUUGCUCCAACGAAUUAUUGGGUGUAGCCGUGUAGGCAAAAACCAUAUCCAGAGUUAUUUGAUGAACCCAUAUUCAUAUAGUUUGCAAAGUUUUCAGCUUUGGGUUUUGAGGGUUUAAGAUUAUGAGGAUAAAACUUGGGUUGGAAAUUGGGUCCAUUUAUCUAUAAUCAAUCUGGAUAUUUUAGGCCCAAUUCCACAUAUCUCUCUUUCAUGUUAAUCAUUUAUUACCCUCCUUUUAUUAGAUUUGCCUUGGGUCAAGUUAAUCUGCA